AUGCUGAGACAGUCGAUUCUGCUGCUGGCUAUCGCCGCCUGUGUGCUGGGAAGGACGCUGCCAGUGCGUCGCCUACCACACAGCGGGCCAGCUCGCAGAUUCGCUGUCGCCAGGGGACGCAUCUACGGCGGCCACAAUGCUGCUCCAGGUGAGUUCCCGUGGCAAGUGUCCCUGCAGUGGGCACUGCUGAAGUCUCGCAUGCACAACUGCGGUGGCUCCAUCAUCACCACGACUUCCGUCCUCACGGCAGCCCACUGCGUCGUGCAGCGCGGUCACUACAUCGCAGUGGCUGGUGAGCAUGACUUCAGCAAAAAUGAGGGGACUGAACAGGAGAUCUACGUAUCACAGCAGAUCGCCGACAAGAGGUAUCCCGGCGGUGGCGUUGUGGCACCUCACGACAUAGCCGUCUUCAAGCUGAAGUCCGCCUUCACGCUGAACUCUUACGUUCGAAUUAUUCCUCUGGUCAGCGCUGGAUUCACUCCCGUCGGUGGUUCAUCUGCUGUCGUGUCUGGCUGGGGUCGCACGAGAUUCGCCACGACACCGAACGUCCUGCAAACGCUCGAUGUUACGAUCAUCGAUCACAAAACGUGCAGCAAACUCGUCGACGAGCUGCAGAUGGGCUCCAACCCUCUCACCGACACCAUGAUUUGCACGGGCCCAGUCUAUGACGGAACCUCCACGUGCAACGGCGACUCUGGAGGACCGCUGGUGCAGGACGGCUUGCUCAUCGGGCUGGUUUCCUGGGGAGUCAAUCCCUGCGCCAUCUGGGGCGCGCCCUCCGUCUUCACCAGCGUCUCGGCCCACCUGGAAUUCGUCAACGCAAACCUGUAA